AUGAUUACAUCACCUGAAGGUGUUAUUUAUACAGGAUCAGAUGAUGGUGAUAUAAGAUCAUGGGCAGCUGAACGUCAAGUCAUUCUUCAUUUCUUUAAAGGUCACACUAAAACAAUUUCAUCAUUGACAUUGCACGGAAAGAAACACUUAUAUAGUGGAUCUUUUGAUAAUGAUAUUCGUAAAUGGGAUGCUGAAACUGGUGAAUGUUUACAAACUUUUAGAGGACACACAGAUAUUGUAACUGGUAUUGCUGUUAAAAAUGAUUACAUUUACAGUUCAAGUGCUGAUAAAACCAUUCGUAAAUGGAAUACUGAAGAUGGUACACUUUUAUUGACCUUUGCAGGACACACAUCAUGGGUAUGGGAUUUCGUAGUUAUGGAAGAUGGAUUUCACAUGUAUAGUUGUAGUCAAGAUAGGACUGUUAGAAAAUGGAAUUGCACAACUGGUAAAUGCAUGAAAGUUAUGGAAGAAGCCAAGGAUUGUGUUUGUCGUAUUGCUGUUGCAAAGAAUAUUGAUGGACUAGGUGGAACCCAUCUAAUCACUGCUUCAUGGGAUGGUAUUAUUAGAGAGUAUCGUGUCGAUGAAGGUGAUGAAUUCAAGAGAGAAUUGAAAGGUCACUCUACUAAAAUUAAGAACAUUAUGGUUAAAGGAAGAAUUCUAGUUAGUGGAGGUGAUGACAAUGAAGUCAGAAUUUGGGAUUUGAAACACGGAAAGACCGUUUGUGUAAGUAGUAGACAUUGA